AUGAUCGAUUUGCGUGUUCAUAUCAAUCAAUUAUUAUCUACACUUUGCAAUGUAAUUGGUGCAUUAUCUUGUCAACAACAUCAUCUUCCAUAUGUUCAUUCAAAUUUAAUUUAUUUCUUAAAAAAUAAUCUUGGUGAUGAUGCAAAAACAUUUAUGUUACCAACAAUUAAUCCAUUAUCUACGGUUAUUGAUGAAACAAUCGAUACAUUAAGUUAUGUUAAUCUUGCUUCGACUAUAAUUAAUGUAUGA